CAAGCCAGUGGCUUCCCCAUUGCCACUGUCGGCAGUCGUUGGGAGGAGGAGAGCUCACUUGCUAUAUAAACGCCAGGCCCUUUUACGCCUCGGAAAUUAGCGAAAUUAAAUCGCCCGGAAAAGAAAAGGAGAGAUAGAGAGAGAGAGUAACAGACGCGCUGGGCGGCGUCUGUGUAUGGGCGCCUCCCUCCCCGCUGGAUCUGCGGCCGCGAGAUAGCAGGCGGCGGCUCCCGUGAGAUUGUUCGCAAAAUCUCCCUCGCCGGCGCGGCGAUUCCAUGAGAGGUUGAGAGCUCGGCACUGAGGAAGCGGAUAGCCUGAUCUUUGCUAGUCUUGCGGAGUUCUGACAGCUGACAAUGGCGGCAACACUGGCGUGGCGGUUCAAUGGAACCAAUGGCGGCAGCCAUGGAGGCGCAGAUCUGGAAAAACAUGUGGACAAAGUUCAAGAAUCAGAGCCACCAACUCCUAUGUCAGUCAUGAAAAUGGGCAAGAACCGAGUUAAUGUGGAGGACGAGGAGACUCUUUCAAGUGUUGCUCAUUGUAUUGAGCAGUUACGGCAGAGUUCUUCAUCCACUCAAGAGAAAGAGAGCUCUUUGAGGCAGUUAUUAGAUCUUGUUCAAACACGUGAUACUGCAUUUGGAGCUGUUGGGUCACAUUCACAGGCCGUUCCAAUUCUUGUAUCUCUUCUUAGGUCUGGACCAUCCGGAGUUAAGAUGCUGGCUGCCACUGUUCUUGGGUCUCUUUGCAAGGAAGACGAAUUAAGGGUGAAAGUCCUACUUGGUGGUUGCAUCCCACCAUUGCUUGCUCUUCUCAGAUCAAAGUCAGCUGAAAGCCAAACUGCAGCUGCCAAAACCAUCUAUGCAGUUUCACAAGGUGGGAUAAGGGAUCAUGUUGGAUCAAAGAUUUUCUCAACAGAAAAUGUUGUUCCGGUACUAUGGGAGCAGCUUAAAAUUAGUCUCAAGAAUGAGAGUUUGGUGGAUGGCCUUCUAACUGGAUCGCUGAAGAAUUUAUCAAAAAACACAGAGGGGUUUUGGUCAGCAACUGUGCAAUGUGGCGGAGUUGAUAUACUUGUAAAGCUUGUUAGUUCGGGAAAUACAAACACCCUUGCAAAUGCUUGCUAUCUUCUUGGGUCUUUGAUGAUGGAAGACUCUUCUGUUUGUUCUAAAGUUUUAUCUGGAGAAACAACAAAGCAGCUCCUAAAGUUACUUGGUCCUGGAAAUGAAACUUCCAUAAGAGCUGAAGCUGCUGGGGCUCUCAAAUCCCUUUCCGCACAGAGUAAAGAGGCCAGGCGUCAGAUAGCUAAUUCUAAUGGUAUUCCUGCUCUUAUAAAUGCUACUAUUGCUCCAUCAAAAGAGUUCAUGCAAGGUGAAUCUGCUCAAGCAUUGCAAGAAAAUGCAAUGUGUGCAUUAGCAAAUAUAUCUGGUGGUUUAUCUUAUGUAAUCUCAAGCCUUGGUGAGAGUCUCGAGUCAUGCUCUUCACCUGCACAGAUUGCAGAUACUCUUGGUGCAUUGGCCUCAGCCUUGAUGAUAUAUGACACAAAUGCAGAAUCUAUCAGUGCUUCUGAUCCUCUUGACAUUGAGAAAACACUGUUGAAGCAGUUUAAGCCUAAGGCGCCCUUCCUUGUGCAGGAGCGCAUAAUUGAGGCUUUGGCUAGCUUGUAUAGUAACCCAGUUCUCUGCAAGACGCUAGCAGAUUCUGAUGCCAAACGCUUGCUUGUUGGUUUAAUAACCAUGGCAGGUACUGAGGUGCAAGAUGACCUCACGAAAUCACUUUUUGCUCUCUGCAAGGACUGUGAUCUAUGGCAAGCUCUGCAAGGUCGUGAAGGUGUUCAGCUAUUGAUUUCCUUACUUGGUCUUUCCUCAGAACAGCAGCAGGAAUGUGCUGUUGCUCUGCUUGCUCUUCUAUCAAAGGAGAAUGAUGAGAGCAAAUGGGCUAUCACUGCUGCUGGUGGCAUACCUCCUCUUGUACAAAUUUUAGAAACCGGAUCUCCAAAAGCUAAAGAGGAUUCAGCGAUCAUACUUGGCAAUUUAUGCAAUCACAGUGAAGACAUAAGAGCAUGUGUUGAAAGUGCAGAUGCUGUUCCUGCUUUACUAUGGCUUCUGAAAAAUGGAAGCGAUAAUGGUAAGGAGAUAGCUUCUAAAACACUGAAUCAUCUCAUCCACAAGUCAGAUACAGGAACUAUUAGUCAGUUAUCUGCUCUUUUGACAAGUGAACAGCCUGAGUCAAAAGUUUAUGUUCUGGAUGCUUUGAAAAGCUUGCUCUCUGUUGCACCACUCAAUGAUACUCUACAUGAGGGCAGUGCUGCAAAUGAUGCGGUUGAGACAAUGAUUAAAAUUCUUAGCUCACCCAAGGAAGAAACUCAGGCUAAAUCAGCAUCUGCUCUUGCUGGUCUAUUUCAUUGCCGCAAGGACCUCCGAGAAACUCAUAUUGCUGUGAAGACACUUGGGUCAGUUAUGAAGUUGCUUGAUAUUCAGUCUGACAAAAUACUAAUGGCUGCAUCAUGUUGUCUAGCUGCCAUUUUUCUUUCAAUCAAGCAAAACAAAGAGGUUGCUGCAAUUGGACGGGAUGCUUUAUCUCCACUGGUCUCACUUGCAAAUUCUUCUGUUAUUGAAGUAGCAGAACAAGCGACCAGAGCUUUGGCUAAUCUUUUUCUUGAUCAGGAAUUAUCUCUCCAGGUGUCUUUUGAAGAAAUUCUCUUCCGUGUAACACGUGUGCUAAGAGAGGGAACUAUUGAUGGAAGAACUCAUGCAGCUGCAGCAAUAGCUCGUCUUUUACAGUGUCGAACUAUUAACCAGCUGCUUUCAGAUGCUAUUAACCGUUCUGGGUGUGUCCUUGCUCUAGCUGGGCUCUUGGAAGCUGCCAAUGGUGAAGCUGCUGCAACAUCAGAAGUUCUUGAUGCACUGGUGCUAUUAUCACGAUCAAAGGCUUCAAGUGGGCACACCAAGGCUCCCUGGGCAGUUCUUGCAGAAAAUCCCCACACAAUACUUCCCCUUGUUUCAUGUAUAGCUGACGCUGCUCCCUCCUUACAAGAUAAAGCCAUAGAAGUUGUGGCAAGACUCUGUUCCGACCAACAUGAUGUUGUGGGUGGUUUGGUUUCUGAAACUCCAGGUUGCAUGCCAUCAAUCACACGGCGAGUCAUUGGCUCUAACAUGCUUAAAGUUAAAGUUGGUGGAUGUGCUCUUCUUGUUUGUGCAGCAAAAGAGCAUUGUCAGAAGCAGAUAGAGAUUCUGAAUGAUUCAAGUCUAUAUAUUCAAAUGAUUCAUUCUUUAAUUGGUAUGAUCCAUAUGGCAAACACGCCUGCUGAAAGUGGCAGUGGUGAUAGCAUAGCAGAUAUUAGGAUAUCCAGACACUCCAAAGAAAACAACAGUGAUGGUGAAACUGUGUGCCGUACUGCUGUAAUCUCAGGCAACAUGAUUCCACUAUGGCUUCUUGCUGUCUUUUCUCGUCAUGACAGCAAAACAAGAGCAGAAGUCCUAGAAGCUGGAGCAGUUGAAAUGCUCACUGAGAAGAUUUCACAAAAUGCAUUCCAAUAUGUGGGUGAAGAAGAUAGUACCUCAUGGGUCUGUUCCUUGCUUCUUGCUUUGCUAUUCCAAGAAAGAGAAAUAAUUCGAUCAAACUCAGCAUUGCACUCCAUUCCUGUGCUCUCAAACUUGUUAAGAUCAGAUGAGCCAGCAUACAGGUACUUUGCUGCACAAGCUUUGUCAAGUCUGGUCUGCAAUGGUAGCAGAGGAACUCUUCUGGCUGUUGCUAAUUCUGGUGCAGCCAUUGGACUUAUAUCUUUGCUUGGAUGCGCUGAUGUUGAUAUAGCUGAUCUUUUGGAGCUAUCAGAGGAAUUCAUGUUGGUGCCUAAUCCUGAUCAAAUUGCAUUAGAGAGGCUGUUCAGAGUUGAUGAUAUCAGGGUUGGUGCAACUUCCAGAAAAUCUAUUCCUCUUCUUGUGGAUCUACUUAAACCCAUUCCUGAAAGACCUGGUGCUCCUUUCUUGGCCUUGGGUCUUCUGACUCAGUUGGCAGUUGAUUGCCCCCAAAACAUGCUGCUAAUGGCUGAAGCUGGAAUCCUAGAAGCACUUACCAAAUAUCUAUCUCUUAGCCCACAAGAUGCAACUGAAGAAGCUACAACUGAAUUGCUGGGCAUUCUCUUCAGUAGUGCAGAAAUAAGGCACCAUGAGUCAGCACCUGGUGUUGUUAACCAACUUGUGGCAGUCCUCCGUCUAGGAGCAAGGAAUUCACGUUACAGUGCUGCAAAGGCAUUAGAGAGCUUGUUUUGUGCUGACCAUGUGAGGAACAGUGAGUCAGCUAGGCAGGCCAUUCAACCACUUGUGGAGAUUCUGAGUACUGGCAUGGAGAGGGAGCAGCAUGCGGCUAUAUCAGCCCUUGUUAGGCUUCUCUGUGACAAUCCCUCAAGAGCACUUGCGGUUGCAGAUGUUGAGAUGAAUGCUGUGGAUGUUCUGUGCCGUAUUCUUUCUUCUGACUGUUCAGCGGAGUUGAAAGGAGAUGCUGCAGAGCUAUGCUGUGUUCUAUUUGCAAAUACAAGGAUCCGUUCAACAAUGGCGGCAGCACGUUGUGUGGAACCCCUGGUCGGUUUACUGGUUAGCGAAGUGAACCCUGCCCAGCUUUCUGUGGUCCGUGCAUUGGAUAGGGUUCUAGAUGAUGAGCAGCUGGCAGAAUUAGUGGCAGCACAUGGAGCUGUUGUUCCUCUUGUCGGUCUUUUGUAUGGCAGAAACUACAUGCUUCAUGAGGCGGUUGCUAGAGCUUUGGUGAAACUUGGAAAGGAUAGACCAGCUUGCAAAUUGGAAAUGGUGAAAGCUGGUGUAAUUGAGAGUAUCCUUGAUAUUCUCCAUGACGCUCCAGAUUUUCUUUGCAUUGCAUUGGCAGAAAUGCUUCGGAUUUUGACAAACAAUGCUAGCAUAGCAAAAGGUGCAUCUGCAGCCAAAGUAGUACAGCCUCUUUUCUCUUUGCUCUCUAAGGCAGACAUGGGUCCUGAAGGGCAGUACAGCGCUUUACAGGUUCUUGUGAAUAUUUUGGAGCAUCCUGAAUGCCGCGCUGAUUAUAACUUGACACCUCGCCAAACUAUUGAGCCAGUCAUUACUCUAUUGAAUUCAUCCCCACCAGCUGUGCAACAAUUAGCUGCAGAACUCCUAUCCCAUCUUCUUUUAGAAGAUCACCUCCAGAAGGAUACAAUAACAGAGCAAGCUAUUACUCCUCUUAUUCAAGUUCUUUCAUCAGGUUUGCCAAAUCUACAGCAGAGAGCUAUAAAAGCUCUUGCCAACCUGGCAAUAGCCUGGCCAAAUACAAUUGCAAAGGAGGGUGGUGUUUUCGAGUUGUCCAAGGUUUUGUUACAAUCUGACCCACCUUUGCCUCAUGUUGUAUGGGAAUCUGCAGCAUCCGUCUUAUCUAGCAUUUUGCAGUACAGUACUGAGUUUUUCCUUGAGGUUCCUGUUGCAGUACUAGUGCAGUUGCUCAGGUCAGGAACUGAAAGCACUGUUGUUGGUGCUUUGAAUGCCCUGCUUGUAUUGGAGAGUGAUGAUUCAACAAGUGCAGAAGCAAUGGCUGAAAGUGGUGCUGUGGAAGCAUUGCUAGAUCUCCUGAGGAGUCAUCAAUGUGAGGAAACUGCUGCCAGACUCAUUGAGGCUUUGCUUAACAACGUAAGAAUUAGGGAGGCGAAGGCUGCUAAAAAUGCUAUUGCACCUUUGUCCAUGUACCUUCUGGAUCCACAGACACAGUCUCAACAAGGAAGAUUGCUUGCUGCUCUUGCUCUUGGAGAUCUGUUCCAAAACGAAGGUCUUGCUCGUUCUACUGAUGCUGUUGCAGCAUGCCGUGCUUUGGUUAAUCUCCUCGAAGAUCAACCAACUGAAGAGAUGAAAGUGGUAGCAAUUUGUGCCUUGCAGAAUCUAGUCAUGUACAGCCGAGCAAAUAAGAGAGCAGUUGCUGAAUCUGGUGGUGUUCAGGUCCUGCUUGACCUUAUCAGUUCAAGCAAUCCUGACACUUCUGUUCAGGCAGCAAUGUUUGUCAAACUUCUGUUCAACAAUCACACUAUACAAGAGUAUGCAACCAGUGAAACAGUGAGAGUUAUAACUGCUUCUAUUGAGAAGGAUAUAUGGGCAUCUGGAAGUGCUAAUGAGGAGUAUCUUAAAGCACUUAACGCUUUACUUAGCAAUUUCCCUCGUCUAAGGGUCACUGAACCUGCUACAUUAUGCAUUCCUCAUCUUGUAACGUCCCUUAAAACUGGUUCUGAGGCAACUCAAGAAGCAGCGCUGGAUUCACUAUAUCUUCUCAGGCAAGCUUGGUCAGCUUGCCCAGCUGAAGUAUUCAAAGCUCAGUCAGUGGCUGCCUCUGAGGCUAUUCCUUUACUUCAGUACUUGAUACAGUCUGGCCCACCCCGGUUUCAAGAAAAAGCAGACCUCCUUCUUCAGUGCUUGCCCGGAACACUUACAGUUACCAUAAAGCGCGGUAACAAUCUUAGACAAUCGGUUGGAAAUCCUAGUGCAUUCUGCAAGCUUACUCUUGGAAAUAAUACACCGAGGCUAACAAAGAUUGUAUCCACUGGCGCAACUCCUGAAUGGGAUGAAGCCUUUGCAUGGGCCUUUGACAGCCCUCCCAAAGGCCAGAAACUCCAUAUCUCGUGCAAAAACAACAGCAAAUUCGGAAAGAAGUCAUUCGGGAAAGUGACGAUCCAAAUCGACCGGGUUGUCAUGCUGGGCUCAGUCGCUGGCGAGUACACCCUGCUACCCGAGAGCAAAAGUGGUCCCAAUAGGAACCUGGAAAUCGAGUUCCAGUGGUCAAACAAAUAACUGUAUACCUACAUAAUUUAGGUGUUCUUGUGUAAGUUAAAAGUUCUAUAAGAGGUCCAGAGUGGUUUCUUGUUUUGUCCUCUGCUAAAGGUUACCCAGUUUGUGCAUCAUUGUAAAUAGCAGGCAGAGAAAGUUGUCAUUUGCCGUACCUUUUUCCAGUGAGAUAUAAACAGACGAGUUCUCAGAUGUUUUGUACUGAUUGUAACAGGAUUCAUUCGUUUAUUUUUUUUCCUUAUCCCGGGAUUUUGUCUUUGUAAAGGUUGUAAACAGAAUAAAUAUAUGCUGUGGUUAGGUUCUGUCAUACGGAAUGAAAUUCUGCUGUUCAUAACCAA